GGAGGAGCAUUUUUCCUGAGUCAGAUCACAGCAUCAGCACCGAAACUUGCGCUGUCCUUGCCGUGCAACAAUACAGUCAAUACGGUGCCAAUAGGCGCUACCUUCUAAAGACAAAGACAAACAUCCUGUUAUCUAUAACUGAUAGUCGGCAGCUAAAGACUACCAGAUUGGGGGUUUCCCAAGACCCAGUAUGCGCGUUGUAUUUUAAAAGAUAUGGUCAAGACCUCUGUCGCAAAGUGGAGCCACGCGUAUCUCGGAUCGGCGCGCUCCUCCAGGGGCUAGGAUGCGCGCCCGGAACGUCAAGAUUUUUGCCCGGGUUCGGGUCUGACCAGGAGGCCACUGCCACGGGGCGCCGAGGCAGGAGGACCCAGUCAACCCGGACCAGGAUGCCGGUAAUGCGGGGUCUGCUGGCCCCACAGAACACCUUCCUGGACACCAUCGCCACCCGCUUCGAUGGCACCCACAGUAACUUUGUCCUGGGUAACGCCCAGGUACAGUCCCUCUACCCCAUCGUCUACUGCUCUGACGGCUUCUGUGAGCUGACGGGCUAUGCCCGCGCCGAGCUGAUGCAGAAGAGCUGUGCGUGUCAUUUCCUGUACGGUCCAGAGACCAGCAACCAGCUGACGGCAAAGAUCCAGGGGGCAUUGGAUGACCGAGGGGAGUUUAAGACCGAGCUGGUGUUCUACAAGAAGGGAGGAACCCAAUUCUGGUGUCUGUUGGACAUUGUGCCCAUUAAAAAUGAGAAGGGAGAAGUGGUGCUGUUUCUGGUGUCUCACAAGGACAUCACAGAUAACAAAAAGAACCAGGACCCAGAGCAAGGCCCAGAGACCGAUGAGGAGACAGGACUGGAGGUGCACAGGGUCACCCGACCCCCAGACUUCAACACCAACCGAAGACGCAGCCGUGCCGUCCUCUACCACCUGUCGGGUCACCUGCAGAAGCAAGACAAGAGCAAGAUCAAACUGAACAAUAACAUGUUUGGUGAUAAGCCCCCCAUCCCUGAGUACAAGGUAGCAGCCAUUCAGAAGUCCCGAUUCAUCCUCCUCCACUAUGGGACUUUCAAGGCAGGCUGGGAUUGGCUAAUUCUCCUGGCUACCUUCUAUGUGGCAGUCACUGUGCCCUAUAAUGUGUGUUUCACUGUGGUGGGGGGGCGGGAUGAAGGGAACUCCGCCCCCCGCAGCCCCCCUAGUGUGAGUGACAUCUUGGUGGAGAUCCUCUUCAUGCUGGAUAUCGUGUUAAACUUCCGGACAACCUUUGUGAGCACAUCAGGCCAGGUGGUUUAUGAUGCUCGCUCUAUCUGUGUGCAUUACGUCACCACCUGGCUGUUUGUUGACCUCAUCGCUGCCUUGCCCUUUGACCUGCUAUUUGCCUUCAACGUCAGUGUGUACUUCGGGGUCCACCUGUUGAAGACUGUGCGUCUCCUCCGUCUCCUCCGGCUGCUCCAGAAGCUGGAGCGUUACUCCCAGUACAGCGCCGUGGUCCUCACCCUGCUCAUGUCCAUGUUCGCCCUGCUGGCCCACUGGAUGGCCUGCGUCUGGUACUUCAUCGGACGGAGAGAGAUCGAAAACAGCCCCAACGCCUGGGACAUAGGUUGGCUACAUGAGCUGGGAAAGCGUCUUGGCACCCCUUAUUUCCUGGCUCCCCUUGCAACUCUGGCUCCUGAUUCGCUGCAUCACGCCAUAGUCGAGACCCUCCCUACCAACAGCAGUCAGUGGAAUGUGUCUGGGUCUGAGCUGGCAGGGCGCGAUUUGUGGAACUCCAGCCAAUGGAAUGUUACAGAGAUGGGGGCUGUGGGCGGCGCUGCUGGGCUCGGGGUGAGUCAGAGUGGAGGGAUGCUGGCCGGGGGUCCAUCUGUCAGGAGCUCCUAUGUGACGUCACUGUACUUCGCUCUGAGCAGUCUGACCAGCGUGGGCUUCGGAAACGUCUCGGCCAACACGGACUCAGAGAAGAUCUUCUCCAUUUGCACCAUGCUCAUAGGGGCCCUGAUGCAUGCGGUGGUGUUUGGCAACGUGACGGCCAUCAUCCAGAGGAUGUAUUCGCGCCGCUCCCUGUACCACACCCGCACCAAGGACCUGAAGGACUUCAUCAGGGUCCACCGCCUGCCCAAGGCCCUGGAGCAGCGCAUGCUGGAGUGUUUCCAGACCACCUGGUCGGUCAACAAUGGCAUCGACGUCAGCGAGUUGCUGAAGGACUUCCCGGAUGAGCUGAGGGCGGACAUCGCCAUGCACCUGAACAAGGAGCUGUUGCAGCUUCCACUGUUCGAGUCAGCCAGUAGGGGGUGCCUCCGCUCGCUGUCCCUCAUCAUCAAGACAUCGUUCUGCGCACCGGGGGAGUUCCUCAUCCGUCAGGGAGACGCCCUCCAGGCAAUCUACUUUGUCUGCUCCGGGUCCAUGGAGGUGCUGAAGGAUAAUACUGUGCUGGCCAUUCUGGGGAAAGGGGACCUCAUCGGCAGCGACUCCCUGACCAAGGAGCAGGUGAUCAAGACUAACGCCAACGUGAAGGCCCUGACCUACUGUGACCUGCAGUACAUCAGUCUGAAGGGCCUGAGGGAAGUACUAAGGCUGUACCCAGAAUACGCCCAGAAGUUCAUCUCCGAGAUACAACACGACCUCACAUACAACCUCCGAGAGGGCCACGGAGCGGACGUGGACUGGGAGAGUAACGGAGGCCUGGUGAAGAAGCUUCCGUCCAUAAAGGAGGAUGAGGAGGUCGACGAGGACCAGAUCUCGGUGAUGCGUUCCCCGCGCUCCCCUCUCCGCCUGACGAGAGGUCUCAGCUCGCCCCUGCGCUCCCCCCUGCUGCCCCCGCGCCCCUUCCGCCCCCCCUCAGAGCACACCCGCCCCGCCACCCUGCAGAUACCAGUGGUUAGCUUCACCAGUGCCCCAUCAGACCUUAGCCCCAGGUUCGUGGAUGGUAUCGAGACGGAGACUGCCAACUCAUCCCAUAGGUUUGAUUUUAGCUCCAGUUCGCCACACAGUGAUCCACUGUCCCCAGGACCAGGGAUUCUGGACCAAUCAGAGAUCAAAAAAAGUGUGUCCAAGCUGAGCGAUGAGAUAAGCAGUCUCUCCCAGCAAGUCUCUCAGCUUAGCCAGGAGCUACAGGAAAUGACCCGCCUGCUCCGGCCACUUCUCCUAGUGACACCUCAGCCAAUCCUGACGGCCAUCCCACCCAUCCUGACUCCACCCCGCAGCAGUGCCAGCCAACCGCCCUCCAGCAUAUCACUGGCGGUCUCACCGGUGGUCCUGACCUGCUCCCCAAAGCCCCAACCCAAGAGGACACAUUCCUGCUCUCUGCUGGACAUCGACAGUGCCGACACCAAGAGCGGGAGCCUGGCAACUUGCCUCCUACCCACCCCACCUCUAGCCCCGUCCCAGGCCAACACCCAGUCUCCAUCCAGAGGGACAGGUUCCAAGGAAGUGCCCACCUCCUACCCCCCUUCCCCUGGGAUGGGAGACAGAGAUGUGCCCCACCAACUCUCCAAUGGUUCAAACCACUCCAAACCCCUGACGUCUAGCAACGGGUUCUUCCCCUCUGCCCAGGAGCAACCCGCGUUGACCUCUCACGCCCCGUCCCUCUGCUCUCCCUGUCAGGGCCCCCAUCCCUCCAGACCCAGCAGUCACAGUAGCCACAGCAGGAGUCUGCUCCCCCCGCCCCUCUCCCAUUGCUCCGCUCCCCCGUCACUCAGCUCCUCGCCCGGAGACCGUAGGUCGAAGGUAGUCAGCCCCUCAUCCUUGUCCACACCCCUCACGUCUCCCCGGUCCCGUCCACACACCUCGUCCCUCCCCUUUGGCCCGUUCUCCCCGGACUCUCCGAGGGGGGAGACGCAGGGGGGAACCGGUCUGGAGGCACCCCACCUGGAGAUGCAGGAGUGGGGAGGUGACGGAUGCUCCCCUGCGCUGGAACACAUCAGCUACAUCGACGAAGAAGGGCCGGCUCUGUGACAGUGGCCAGUCAACCGCCGGAGGAUCAGAGAAGAGGUGGAUGAAGACACAUGAAACCGACAAACCGUGAGAUGGUCACCUGACCGUAGGAACUCCAGGUGGAAAGGAAACGCGUUGCUGAAAAAUAAAGAGUAGCACGACACCAAAUCUCACGGUAUUCUGAUCAGGUGCUCUCUUGUUAAAGCCACACAUGCCCCUCUGUCUGUGGACUUCACAUCAGAAGUGUAAUAAAUGUUCAUCCGUCCAUAUUGUCCCCCCACCACCACAGAGAGCAUGUGGCUCUGUUCCCAACCGCCCACCCCAUCAUGACAUAGGGAAUGUAACCUUCUAUCCUCCAGCCUCUGUUGGGUGGAUCAGCAUCACACUGUAUAUUGCUUGGACAGCACCACAGCAUUUACUUCAACAUAACAUCCUUAUGAGUUCUGCUUUGAAUCCAAGACGUGUUUCUGUGCUACUUGUUACACGGGAUGGGGGUGAUUUGUAACUUUUGGAUGGCCCCUUUAGAUGGUCUCCACGAAGUUCACACACAUUUACACUGUGGUCUCCAGACACCCUGAAGGGGUUGACCUUUGGCCUACACAGUAGGGUCUGUACACCGUGGUUUCCCUCCAACAGGUCAUAUUCAACACAAGACAAUCAGAGAGCUUACAAAAGGCAUGGAACCCACCUGAACACGAAGACAAUAUUACAGUAGAUAUGACGAGGGAGGUGAGAGAGGGAGCCGGCGUGCCAAAGACAGGCUUGGAUUAGGUUUCGGAAGGCCGUGCAAAUUAGGGGAUUAGGGGAAUAUCCAGUAGGUAUAUGGGGGGAAAGUAUACUGCGAGAUUGUACAGUAGAUGUCCCCCAUCAAACCAAACGUUAGCCAUCCAGCCAUUCGUGCCUUCUCCUCCCACCACACUAGUUACACACACAUCAUAUAGCACAUAUCCAUCCGAAGCUGGGGAUUCCGUUGCGAUUUACAAGCCAUUGACUAUUCAAUUAUGAAACAUUGCACUUUUAUUUUGAAGAGUAAGCUAUUUUUUAUGUAUUUAUUUGUUUAUAAACUGUAUAUUCAGGCAAUAUCUUGUCCAAACCUUUCAGUCUGUCGCAAGUAGUUCAACCAGACAUCUCGGCUUCAUGUCAAAGCCGAUGUGCACCGACACCCCAGCCAUGUGCCCCGCUGUAACGUGUAACCCACGAGUUGAGCAUCAACCUCUGGGUGACAGACACAGAACGCUCAGGCACGGCUAGUGGCCAGAACAGUAGUUCUACUAGCAUCGGGGGAGGGAGGGUGGGGUCUAAUAAAGACAGCCGGCAUCAGACACUAGUUUCUAUUUUCUGUAACAGGUUUAGGGCGAGGAUGUGUGUGGGUGAGCAAGAGGCGGAGCCACGGGUGGGAAAAAACAGGGGCGGGGUUGUUAAAUGCAUGUCACAGCUAACUGCAUGGAGAAUGCGCCUGCUUUCUGAACCAGGGGAGAGGGAGGUGGGUGAAUGUUUGAUGCCAGACACUUGGCCAGGCUUCAGAUGUAUUUUAUUAACUGUUACCAACUUUACCAGAAAUACAAGAAUAAACAAAGUGUUGUUUUUUUUUUAUACGA